AUGAAAAAAAAAAUAUUAAUUUUAUUUUUUUUUUUAAUAUUAUCAACUUUAUUUAAUUUUGUUCAAUCAGAAAUAAAUACACUAUUUGAUCCAGAUUUUAAUUUAAAUAUUUCACAAUUUAUUCAAAAACAUGGUUAUCCUGUAGAAAAUCAUUUUGCCACUACAAAAGAUGGUUAUAUUAUAUCACUUCAGCGUAUACCAAAUGGUAAAAAAAUAAUAAAUAAUAAUAAAAAGUUAAAAGCAUCAGUUAUAUUACAACAUGGUUUAGAAGAUAUUGGUACAACUUGGGUAAUUCAAGAGAAUGAUUAUCAAAGUUUAGGAUUUAUUCUAGCAGAUGAAGGAUAUGAUGUUUGGAUUAGUAAUGUUAGAGGUACUAGAUAUAGUAAUAAACAUUUGAAAUAUAAUGUUAAUGAUGUAGAAUAUUGGAAUUUUACAUUUGAUGAAAUGAGUGAAUUCGAUUUACCUUGUGUAGUUGAUUAUGUUAUUAAUGUAACUGGAAAUGAUAAAGUGAAUUAUAUUGGUCAUAGUCAAGGUACAACAAUGGGAUUCAUUGGAUUUAAAGAAGGUAGUGAAUUAACGAAAAAGAUAAACACAUUUUUUGCAUUGGCACCAGUAACAAGAGUAACACAUUGUAAAAGUGUAUUAUUAAAUUUAAUUUCCCAAUUAAGUAUUGGUGAAAUUGUUAAUUUAGUUGGUAUAAAAUCAUUUCCAAUGGACAUACAACCACUAAGGGUAUUGCUAUUACCAUCGGUUUGUAGUAUUACACCAUUUGCAUGUACAACUUCAUUAAGAUUACUUUUCGGCAGUGAUGAUGGUGAUGAUGGUGAUUUCAGUUCAAAUUUAAAUCAAACUAGAUUACCAAUAAUUUUAUCACAAUCACCAGGUGGAACAUCAACAAAAAAUAUGAUUCAUUGGUCUCAAAAUUUUAAGAAAGGUUUUCAAAAAUUUGAUUAUGGUUCAUCACAUGAAAAUUUCAUUCAUUAUUCUCAAUCAACACCACCAAAAUAUAAUAUUACAAACUUUUCAAAAACAAUACCAACAUUUCUUUUCACUGGUGGUAAUGAUACUAUCAACUAA